UCGUAUAAAAUCCGUGUGUUGCGUUAACUUGACCCGAUAUCAAGACAAGUUGGAGCCAUGGAAGGACUGAACAUUCUUCGUAUCUGUUGGAUGAUCUUUAUUCUGCAAGGUCUUCCGUUAAAGGUACUUUCUGCAACCUCAAUUGGAGGCCUACCUACAGAGCGAAUAGUGUUGGUAUCGACGACUACUGGAAUAUAUCUCUCCAGGGGACCCGAUUUUGACUUCAACCAAUUACCCAUCUCCGUUGGCAGCCCUGGCGGACUCGACUUCGAUGAGGAAAUCGGCAUGUUAUUCUGGACAGAUUACAGUAAUAACGCGAUAAAACGCGCAGAACUCGAUGACACUAGCUCGACCUUCGUUAUCGCUACUGGCACCAGCCCUGCAGCAAUCGCAAUUGACGGAAACGAGAACUUGAUAUUUUGGGUCGACACAAGGACAAGCAUGCGGACAAUCCAGAGGGCCACGUACGAUGGACGAGGAAGGACUCAAAUUAUAGCCACUAGGUACUCUGGUACGACUAUCAACGGAAUUACAUUAGACAGGAUUACAAGGUAUGGUCACCAGUCUUUCAUGUGUUGAAACGUUUAAAGUUUUGUUUAUAUUUCAGACGCGGUAAACUCCGAAGGAAGAGAAGAACAACAACAACAAGAAGAAG